AUAACCCACCUAUAAACUUCAGGCCUUCCAUAUAAAUUCCCAAAACUUGGCCCUACUUAGGGUUUUAGGUCUAGCUCUUGCAGUGGCCUUUGUCAGAAUCGAAACGAAUAAGCAUCACCUUCCAGAUCGGAAAAAAUGGUGAAGGGACGCCAAGGAGAGCGAGUCAGACUCUAUGUAAGAGGAACCAUAUUGGGUUACAAGAGGUCAAAGUCAAACCAGUAUCCAAACACUUCAUUGAUCCAGAUUGAGGGAGUUAACACCAAGGAGGAAGUAGCUUGGUACGCUGGCAAGCGUAUGGCUUAUAUUUACAAGGCUAAGGUGAAGAAGAAUGGCUCACACUAUCGCUGCAUUUGGGGAAAGGUUACUAGACCUCAUGGUAACAGUGGUGUUGUUCGUGCUAAAUUCAAGUCUAACCUUCCCCCCAAAUCUAUGGGAGAUAAAGUCAGAGUCUUCAUGUACCCCAGCAAUAUAUGAGUUGUCUGGAUCCCUGAUGGAGUUCGAUUGAUGACUCAAGUGACUCUGCCUUUUCACUUUGUUUCUAUAAACUUAGUAAAAUGUUUUGCGUUUUGGAGCAGUCAUUUUGUUUCUUUAGGAUGGUGGAUGAGACUACUUUUGUUUACAUAUUUCUAUCAUGGAUUUUCCACCUAUUCGUCUCUUGACUUUGAAGUUUUGGGUAAUCAAUCAAUCAUGGAACUGACUAGCAUUUCCGAUCCACUGGGGAGCAUGUGUCAUUAUCUGUUAGCUUUAACAACUUAAUUCAUUACUUGCAAAAGCUUGCAUGGUAAUAUAUGUUGUUUGGUUCACUACUUUUAAAUCAUUGCCUUGCUUUGCGGCUGGUUAGUGCUCAAUAGUUGAGCAAUGUGAGUACGAAUGUUGACUGAAUGAUUUGAUGAAAAUAUGUGAUGUGCGAGCAAUGAGUUUUGUGUCACGUCUGCAUGUUAUGACUAGGAUUUGAUUUAUGUUCAAGUUGCUAAAUAAUUAGCGGACUCCUGGUCCGAAGUAUUUGCAAAUGAUUGUAUCCUUGGUUAGGGUAUUAGGGGUUCUACUUGGAUUGAGUAGUUUAUUCUUCUUUUACCUCGGUU